AUGCUGCAGCUGAGACUGUCCUGGCUGGGUCUGGGGCCAGUGGCAGCCUCCCCGUGGUUGCUCCUGCUGCUGGUUGGAGCCACCUGGCUCCUGGCCCAUGUCCUGUCCUGGACCUACACCUUCUAUGACAACUCUCGCCGCCUCCAAUGUUUCCCACAGCCUCCAAAACGGAACUGGUUUUGGGGUCACCUGGGCCUGAUCAACUACACGGAGGAGGGCUUGAAGAAAGUGGCUCAACUGGUGGCCAACUACCCCCAGGGAUUUAAGAGGUGGCUGGGGCCAACCUUCCCCCUCAUUACUUUGUGCCACCCUGACAAUGUCCGGCCUGUCAUUAAUGCUUCAGCCACCAUCGUAUACAAGGACAAGGUCUUCUAUGGCUUCUUGAAACCCUGGCUGGGGGAUGGGCUGCUGCUGAGUGCUGGUGACAAGUGGAGCCACCACCGCCGCCUGCUGACACCUGCCUUCCACUUCAACAUCCUGAAGCCUUAUGUGAAAAUUUUCAAUCACAGCGUGAACAUCAUGCACGCCAAGUGGCAGCGCCUGGUCUCAGAGGGCAUCACCCGUCUGGACAUGUUUGAACACAUCAGCCUCAUGACCCUGGACAGUCUCCAGAAAUGUGUCUUCAGUUUUGACAGUAAUUGUCAGGAGAGUCCCAGUGAAUAUAUUGCCGCCAUCUUGGAUCUCAGCGCCCUCAUAGUGAAACGGCACCAGCAGAUCUUCCUGCACAUGGACUUCCUGUACCGCCUCACUCCUGAUGGGCGUCACUUCCGCAGGGCCUGUGACCACGUGCACAACUUCACGGACACUAUUGUUCGUGAAAGACGCCGCACCCUCAUGAGCCAGGGUAUUGAUGACUUCCUCAGGGCCAAGGCCAAGUCCAAGACUUUGGACUUCAUUGAUGUGCUCUUGCUGACCAAGGAUGAAAAUGGGAAGGAGUUGUCAGAUGAGGACAUACGAGCAGAGGCUGAUACCUUCAUGUUUGGGGGUCAUGACACCACGGCCAGUGGAUUGUCCUGGAUCCUGUACAACCUUUCGAGGCACCCAGAAUACCAGGAGCGCUGCCGGCAGGAGGUGCGAGAACUCUUGAGGGACCGUGAGCCUAAAGAGAUCGAAUGGGACGACCUGGCGCAGUUGCCCUUCCUGACCAUGUGCAUCAAGGAGAGUCUGCGCCUGCAUCCACCAGCUCCAAUGAUCUCUCGCUGCUGUACCCAGGACGUUGAGCUCCCAGAUGGCCGAGUCAUCCCCAAAGGAAACAUUUGUUGCAUCAGCAUCUUCGGGAUUCAUCACAACCCGUCAGUCUGGCCGGACCCUGAGGUCUAUGACCCCUUCCGCUUCGACCCAGAAAAGAUCCAGAAGAGGUCACCUCUGGCUUUUAUUCCCUUCUCGGCGGGGCCCAGGAACUGCAUCGGGCAGACGUUCGCCAUGGCUGAGAUGAAGGUGGCCCUGGCGCUCACGCUGCUGCGCUUCCGUGUCCUGCCCGACGACGAGGAGCCUCGCAGGAAACCCGAGCUGAUCCUGCGCGCGGAGGGCGGACUCUGGCUGAGGGUGGAGCCGCUGAGCGCGGGCCCGCAGUGA